AUGGCUCCUCACUUCGAGUUCGCAUCGCAAUCCAACUCGUCUCUCGUCGACUUGACGCAGCACCUUUUGAAAGCUUGUCGGCACCGCGUCACUCGUCCGCAGAAACGGUGUCGCCACUGUAUCAAGAACAACUCCGGUCCUGCACGGACGCACUCAGCGUUGGAAGGGCGUCUGACGACACGCAACGGUAGACUAGUGCAUCGAGACACCUACCUGUGCAGCGGAGCAGUAGACGUCGAAAAACUCUUGUACCUCUCGAGACGGGAGCUGUAUUCCAUAGCGCAAGACUGUGGUGGGAAUGUUUUACUAGACGAGCAGUGGUCCUACGAAAUCUGCCAUCCCACCUUCCGCAGGCAAAACCGGUACAAAGUCACGAUACAAUACUCAGCUACCAUUGGACGGUCAUGUUGGCCUGACACCCAGAGACCAGUCCAAUUAGCAAAGGCGAAGGGGAUCGCUGGUCUGAUGACAAUCCUCGACAGAGCAGACUAA